AUGCCGCCUCCAUUAGCCCCGCAAGUGGUUCAAGCGGACACCACACCUGUCACAUACGUCCGCGUUGUGGUACACACCCUUGGUGCAGCCGGUCCCAACACCAGUGACAACCAUUGGUCAAUUUAUUUGAUCCAUCCUGAUGGCGUGUCAUCGACUCGCAUCAACAUGAGGGCUGAAUUUGAAGAUCCAACAGGCAUCCUCGAGUGGACGAAACUUGGAUAUACUCAAACUACAUCCGCCAUCGGGUAUUGGGACUUCCAGGUUGUGGCGAGGAUCUCUGUUUCGUACAUCGCACACCUUAUCUACAACCGUCGACGUGAUAGAUAUAAGAUGUCUGGUGGAGGCUCAGGGUGCCGGUGGUGGGUGUAUACCAUCAUGUCGGACAUGGCGCAGAGCAACUAUGUCCACGCGAGUGCUCCCAACGAGAUUUGGCCAAAUCUGUUAUAUCUUUAUCAUAGAAACAAAGAACGAAGACCAUUACAAAUGGUUCAAGGCAUGUUCUACUAG